UUUUACAAGCCUGUUAAGCACCUUUAUGGCUGCGUGUCUUGGCUGCUAAUUUGAAAACUCUGAAGCAUUAUUUUUCCUCUGGUUCGUUGAGCAUUUUCGCCUAUCAAUUAAACAGGAAUAUACACAUCAUGAAGGCAAUCAGUCCAGUGAGAGCUGUGAGAAGCUGCUAUGAAGCAGUGUGCUGCAUCUCGGAGCAGAGCCUGGCAAUCGCUCGGAAUAAAGCUCCGUCAGAAGAGCCCAUGAGCCUUCUCUAUGAUAUGAAUGACUGUUACUCUAAGUUGAAGGAGCUGGUCCCCAGCAUCCCACAGAACAAAUCUGUCAGCCAGGUGGAAAUCCUGCAGCACGUCAUCGAUUACAUCUUCGACCUGCAAAUCGCACUGGAGAACGAGGAGGCGACAGAAAGCGACCCAAAUGUGACAAUAUUAAAGGCUUCAGACUUUGCUUGCGAUUUCUCCACCGAAGACACCAGAAGUUUGUGCCACUAGCAGUGAAAGUGCUGGGGGCGCAUGUCGCAGGUGCGGGAGAACACGUGGUCGACUUGACUGGAGGGGGAGAGAAGGGGGGUCCGUUUGACUGCAGGGGAGAGGGUGUCUGAGGAGCCGGGAUUAACCCUCUAAUGACCCAUCGCUUGAUCGCCAAACAUCCACAGCGCGUCAGUGGCCAGCACCGAAUGGACAUUGUGGUGUUUUUUUUUUUGAGAAUAGUAUAUUACAUCAGCCAAAAAAUAUAUAAUUUAAUAACUAAGUAACCCACUAGAAGGUGUCUACUCUAUGAAGCAUCGGUUGGCCUUAUUUUAUUUUAUUUUUUUUAAAGUGAUCACAGAGCACAGUGCAUCUUUUAGUUUUUUAUACGUUCGUGUAUUUUUUUUCGGGAGGGGGGGUGGGGAUUGGACUUUUACAUUGAGGGUGGGUGGUCGUAUCUUUUUGGAAGUUCUCCUUCCGAAUGUCAUCAAGAACUCUAAUAGAGUUGCUGCAGAAAGUUUGUAGAACACUGCAUUCCUGCAAACUUGGUUGUAUGCUAAUAAGUUUUAUAAACUUUUUAUAAAAGUUUGCUUUAAUGUACAUUUUUUACAUAAUAAACCUUUUUUCUUUUCUAAGAU